AUGCGAAUUGCGACCCUGCAAUUCGCCCCGAGGCUAGGUGAUGUCCAAGGAAAUAUCGAGAGAGCAAAUGCUCUUCUGAAAAAUGGCAAGACCAUCUCGCUGGAUGGGAAAAAGCUCGGGGCUGGGAUUGGUAUUGAGCUUUUGAGACCCGAUAUCUUGGUAUUGCCCGAGUUGGCCUUAACAGGCUACAACUUCCCGUCACUAGAAGAGAUCAGGCCAUAUCUCGAACCAGCUGGUGAGGGGCCAAGUGCAUCCUGGGCUCGGGAGACGGCCAGGCGACUACAGUGCAAAGUCUGUGUGGGGUAUCCCGAGAUUGAAAAGACGUCAGAAACCAACGAAACAGCAUGUUACAACUCGCUUCUUAUGCUUGAUGAGAACGGAGAACUCAUCCUAAACUAUCGCAAGAGCUUCUUGUAUUUUACUGAUGAGACCUGGGCUGCAGAGGGCAAUGUGGAGCGAGGGUUCCAUGCGCUGUCGUUCGGGUCCAAGCAGGUUGCUACUUCGUUUGGCAUCUGCAUGGAUAUCAAUCCCUACAAGUUCGAAGCCCCAUGGACGAAAUGGGAAUUUGCGCACCGUGUGCUAGACUCCAAAUCCCAGCUCGUGGUCUUGUCCAUGGCCUGGCUGACGACGUUGAGUCGCGAAGAACUGGAUGCGCUGAACGGCGAGCCCGAGAUGGAUACGUUCAACUACUGGAUCCAGCGGUUCUGGCCGCUUCUCAAGAAAAGAAUGCAGCACGAGGACGUCGAUCUAGACGGUAACAAGCAAACCAUUCUUGUAUUCGCCAAUCGCGCGGGCGAGGAGCCUCCCGUGGAAGAAGGCAAGCCCCCCGCUCGCUAUGCGGGGACGAGCGCCAUCAUCGCCAUCACGCAGCGUCCCGUGCCCGGUACUGGUGGGGAGCCAGGGCCACGGCCCGGGCCUGGGUCACGGGAAGAGAAGAAGGCAUCUGAGACAAACGAUGCAGCAGAGCCCCCAUUGGAUGCGAAGAUCCUCUGCUGGGACAUGCUGGGCGCAGCGGAGGAGGGCAUUUGUUUCGCGGAUACCACGGCAGACCCUCAAAUGGUGUUUGGGCUGCGAAAGGCGUCCGUUUGA